AGCACCUGAAAGUUAUAUGAAUAUGACUAUUAGUGUAGAGGUAGGAAAACAAAUUAAAAGUCAGGAUUUUUUAAACAAUCUAGUAGAGUUACAGUAUAAGAGGUCACAUAAUGAACUCACACGAGGAAGUUUCCGUGUUCGUGGUGAUACUAUAGACAUAUUUCCAUCUCAUUACGAAAACAGAGCUUGGAGAGUUGCGUUAUUUGGAAAUGAUGUUGAAGAAAUUUUGGAAAUAGAUCCACUAACAGGAAACCUUACUAGAAAACUAGAAAAAAUAGUAAUCUUUGCCAAUAGUCACUAUGUCACACCUCGUCCAACAUUGUUACAAGCUAUAGAGUUGAUUAAAGAAGAAUUAGAAGAACAACUAAAAUACUUGUAUUCCAACCAUAAAAUAGUUGAAGCAAAACAAUUGGAACAGAGAACAAACUUCGACCUAGAAAUGAUAAGAGAAACAGGAAGUUGUAAGGGAAUUGAAAAUUAUUCGCGUUAUUUAUCAGGUAGGCAAUCCGGAGAUCCACCACCCACAUUGUUUGAAUAUUUGCCAAAAGACGCAAUACUAUUUGUUGAUGAAAGUCACGUGAGUAUUCCACAAAUAGGAGCAAUGUAUAGUGGAGAUAGGUCAAGAAAAUCAAAUCUUAUUUUGUAUGGGUUUAGGAUGCCAUCAGCGCUUGAUAAUAGACCCCUGCGUUUUGAAGAAUGGGAAAAAAUGCGACCGCAAACAGUUUAUAUUUCAGCAACACCAGGUAAAUAUGAGCUAGAAAAGACAGGAGGAAUUUUUGUAGAACAAGUUAUUCGUCCAACUGGGCUGUUGGAUCCACCAUGUAUUGUAAAACCUACUGAAUAUCAAGUAGAUGAUGUAAUUGUUGAAGCACAAAAAGUAAUCAAAAAAGGGUUCUGUGUGUUAAUAACUACAUUGACUAAAAAAAUGGCAGAAAAUUUAGCUGAUUACAUGUGUGAGGUUGAUAUUAAAGCACAUUACCUUCAUGCAAAUGUUAAAACACUCGAUAGGAUUGAUACUUUAUAUGAUCUACGUUCUGGAAAAAUUAAUGUAUUAGUAGGAGUAAACCUAUUGCGGGAAGGGCUUGAUAUUCCAGAAUGCGGAUUAGUGGCCAUUUUAGAUGCUGACAAGGAAGGAUUCUUGCGUUCAGAAACUUCGUUAAUUCAGACAAUCGGUCGUGCUGCAAGAAACAAAGAAGGAAAAGUUAUUCUAUAUGCAGAUAAAAUGACAGGGUCACUAGAGCGAGCGUUAAAUGAAACGAACCGAAGGAGAAAGAAACAGGAAGAAUAUAAUAAAAAACAUGACAUUAUUCCAAAAACUGUUAUUAAAGCUAUAACCAAUUCCUUACAGGAAAGAACAGAAACAGAGGAAAACAUGGCAGAUGAAGACUAUAAAAACAUGGAUAUAAAACAGCUCAAAAAAGAAAUGCUAAGACAUGCAAAGAAUCUAGAAUUUGAAAAAGCAGCAAAUUUAAAAGAUAUACUUGAGAAAAAGAAAAAAGGGAGGGUUAAAUAA